AUGGCACCAGCUGAACUCCGGGAGUUGAAGACUCAAUUGCAGGAAUUAGUGGAUAUGGGAUUUAUCCGACCUAGUGUUUCUCCAUGGGGUGCACCGGUCUUGUUUGUGAGAAAGAAGGAUGGGACCAUGAGGUUAUGUAUUGAUUACCGGCAGUUGAAUAAGGUAACAGUAAGUAACCGGUAUCCUUUGCCUCGGAGUGAUGAUUUGUUCGAUCAGUUGAAGGGUGCUAAGUACUUCUCUAAGAUCGAUUUGAGAUCAGGGUACCAUCAGUUGAGGAUUAGAGAAGAGGAUGUUCCCAAGUCCGCAUUCAGAAUGCGGUAUGGUCAUUAUGAAUUUCUGGUGAUGCCGUUUGGACUGACCAAUGCUCCAGCAGCUUAUAUGAAUCUCAUGAACAGAGUGUUCCGACCAUACUUGGAUCACUUUGUGAUUGUGUUCAUAGACGAUAUCUUGGUUUACUCCAAGACUUUGGAAGGGCAUAAGAAGCAUCUAAGGUUGGUAUUGAGGACUUUGAGGAGGAAACAGCUUUAUGCAAAAUUUAGCUACUAUCGUCGAUUUGUUGAAGGGUUCUCUUUGAUAGCAGCGCCUCUCACGUGGUUGACAAGGAAAGAUGUUACAUUUGAGUGGACGGAGGAGUGCAAACAGAGUUUUCAGGAGUUGAAGAAGUCUGACGCAUCUUUGCAAGGUUUGGGAUGUGUUCUGAUGCAACAUGAUUGGGUGAUUGCUUGUGCCUCGAGGCAACUCAAGAAGCAUGAGCAGAAUUAUCUGGUCCAUGAUUUGGAACUUGCUGCAGUGGUGUUUGCUUUAAAGAUUUUGGCGGCAUUACUUAGGGAACUGAAUAUGAGACUGCGGCGUUGGAUGGAAUUGAUUAAGGAUUAUGAUUGCAUGAUUGAGUAUCAUCCAGGCCGAGCUAAUGUGGAUGGAGUAGAAAUGGAAAUGACUCAACCGGGUGGAAUCCUUACUAGCUUGCAUGUGAGACCUAUUCUGGUGGAGAGGGUAAUUGCAGGCCAGUUGGGAGACCCGACACUUUGUAAGAUAAGGGGAGAAGUAGAAAAUGGUACACGGAAGGAUUAUGCCAUAAGGGGAGAUGGAGCGUUGGUAACCGGAGCUCGUCUAUGUGUACCGAGUAAGAAUGAUGAACUGAAAAGAGAGAUCAUGGAGGAAGCUCACUGCUCCGCUUAUACUAUGCAUCCGGGUAGUACGAAGAUGUAUUGGACCCUAUGGGCUUAUUAUUCUUGGCCACAUAUGAAGGGAGACAUUGCCAAGUAUGUGAGUAGAUGCUUGAUUUGUCAACAAGUGAAGGCGGAGCGACAGAAGCCAUCAGGUCUAAUGCAACCACUUCCGAUUCCUGAAUGGAAGUAG